AUCUUAAUUAGACGGUGAAAUUGAACGUUCUCAGAAAGCAUCCUAAAAUCUGUUUCUCAAUUGCUCUUGCGAACCCUAACCCUUCAAUGGCUGCAACACCCCGUUGAAACCGCCAUAGCCAUUUCCGUUCGUCCAAUGGGCGUCGUUUUUUGCUCCCUUUGAAUCUAUCUGUCUUUUUCGCUUGGCAUUGUCGUCUUCCUGAUUGGCGUCUUCUCCGUCGUUCACCUCUUCCAGGUCCUCACUGUGGCUGCUGUAAUUGCACAGGAGGUAAGGGCCCUUGCCCUCGUCGUCAGUACUUUUCAGUGAGGAGUGAAGUGAGUUCAGAUGGUUCAGCAAACAGCAGACUCAAAUUUCAAUGAGUAUAGGCGUGGUGACACUGAAAGCAACUCAUCCAGUUGUGAUAAGCAAUUUCCUGUUGCAGUAAAGAAAACAGCAUUGCGAGAUGUGCAGAAUGAUAAUAGAAUUCCCAAUCCUAUUGGGACUUCUCCAUUACCCAUGGAUAGUGGACAAGCUAUGGAUGCAGUUAAGGUUUCUGGCAUCAAGAGACCCUCUCCUAAAAGCCCAGUGAGCUCACCACAUCACCAAUCUGCUAGUAGUAAUGCUGCAAAUGCUCAACUUGUCUAUGUUCGUAGAAAAUCUGAAGCAGAAACAGGCAAGAGUAGUAUUUGUGAUGGCAGAAGUAUUAAUGCUGAUUGCACCAAUUCAAGGCAACUUGACCUUGCAGAGGAGAACAUGCAACCAAAACCACAUAUUAAGGAGUCAAAGGUUUCUUGUUUUCCAGCAUUUGCACCUUUGCCUGUGGCUUCCUUGACAAGUUCAUCUGGAAAACCUUCAGUUCCUCAUCCUGUUGGCAGCUCUAAUAUGAGGUUCACACCAACAGAGUCCAACUAUAAUCAUGUUGCUUCUGCUGUCCCUUUGUCAAAUAAUUUGAAGGGAAUGAGAAACCUGCAAUGGGAAGAGCGGUAUCAUCAGUUGCAAGUUUUACUAAAGAAAUUAGAUGAAUCAGAUCAAGAGGAUUAUGUUCAGAUGCUGCGUUCACUUUCCUCAGUUGAGCUUAGCAGGCAUGCCGUUGAAUUGGAGAAGAGGUCCAUUCAACUGUCUCUAGAAGAAGCAAAAGAGAUGCAAAGGGUUGGGGUUCUGAAUGUACUGGGAAAGUCCAUGAAGAACAUUAAAGCAUCUGCAACUUGUCAAGGCCAACCAUAGAAAUGAUAGGAUUGAAUAUCAAGUUACUGUUGUAUAGUCCUUUAGCUGAUGAGGGAAAUGUAACUAUAGCUACUGCUACAGCCACUUGAGUAUUUGCUUCAGAUUAUGUGCUCCGAUGUGUUAUUAUGAAGUUCUAUGAAUAGUUGUUUUCUUUUCUUUCUUCUUAA